AUCUAUUGACGGCCGGAUUGUGGCACGUAAACAUCUGUGGCAGAACAGUGGUAGCGGAAGGUGUAGGUGCGACUGCUCUUUUUGUCCACACUGGUUUCAUGAUACCACGAUAUGGUGCUGUAUGCUGGGCAUGAGUGGUGCUAACCCUACAUGAAAUGCUUGACAUAUGGAAGCACUAUCUAACUCCCAAGAAUCUCUGUCUGACACAGCUGAACUCUUGGUCAUGGAUAGACAAGGAGAGCAUAUGGCUUCAUAUUCUACCAAUCAGCAUGAAGGAGAGAACGUGACACUUGGAGUGAAUGAAGAUGGUGCUAGUGGCAAUGGCAUUGGUACCAGUGUGGCACCAUCAACAGCACCACCUGAUGGUGGCAACAGUAUCUAUGUCUUUGUGGCUUCUUUAAUGGCAGCUAUUGGAGGUGUGUUGUUUGGAUAUGAUGUGGGGAUAAUCUCAGGUGCUCUGCUCCAGCUCAAGGUGGAUUUCUCUCUAUCCUGUAUAGAGAGAGAACUGGUGGUGAGCACCAUGCUUCUGGGGGCUGUCAUAGGGUCACUAUCUGGAGGUUUUAUUGUUGAUUACUUUGGGAGAAGAUAUGCCAUUAUGGUUAAUGCUGGUAUUUUCAUCAUUGGUGCUCUGGUGUUGGCUUUAUCUCCUAAUUAUUCAGUCUUGAUUGUAGGUCGCCUAGUUGUAGGAUUUGCUGUUUCUUUAUCAGCCAUUGGAGAGUGUGUAUACAUAUCUGAAAUUGCUCCACCGACCAAGCGUGGCUUGUUAGUGUCUUUAAAUGAGCUGGGGAUUACUGUAGGGCUGUUACUGGCAUACUUGGUCAACUAUCUAUUCAUCUGUGUUGGAGCUGGAUGGAGGUAUAUGUUUGCCUUAUCCAUUGUCCCUGCCUUGGUCCAGGGCAUUGGUAUGUUCUUCCUGCCCCCUAGUCCCAGACACUUGAUGCUGAAGAGAAAAGAACAACAGGCUCAGGAAGUUUUACAAAAGCUUAGAGGUUACUCCAAUGUAACUGUUGAGUGGAAUGCCAUCAAGGCAUCUGUUAACAAAGAUGGGCAGCAAAGUUUCUUUGACCUAUUCCGAGGAGCAGAUAACAUGAGAGGCAGGCUCCUUAUUGGCUGUGGAUUGGUUCUUUUUCAACAGUUCACUGGUCAACCCAAUGUGUUAUACUAUGCACCAACUAUAUUUCUGUCCAUUGGCUUUGAAAGUGACACAUCAGCUACUUUGGCCACUGUUGGACUAGGUGUUAUCAAGGUCCUGGCCACUGUGUGUGCCCUCCUCUCUGUUGACAGGACAGGAAGGAGGACCUUCCUCAUGUUUGGUGGCUGCUGUAUGGGAAUUAGCAUAUUUCUGCUGGGUGUAGGCACUCUCUCCUUGCCUCAUAGAGAUGUCCGUCCGUGCCAAAAUCAAAACCUGACCAGUCCAGGGGUGUCCAGGUACCAGGGCUGUGAACCAGUGACCAGUGGAGCUGGACCUGAGAUAGGGAAUCUCUCCAGCCAAUCUCCAGCUUUUGCAGCUGGUUUUGACAUUUUUCCAGUCUCAACAACACAUAUACCAGCACAGCGAGAGAGACGGGACAUGAACUCAUCAGGAAGUAAUUACCCACCUUUUGUCAUGGGGGUUGAUGUGAUAUAUGAUGACAAUAACACAAGUGGUAAGACUAAUUCUACAGUACUGUUUAACUCAGCUGACACAUUGAGUGUAGAGAAAAACAGGACAGUGGAUGCUCCAGAGUGGAAUGUUUCCCCUUGGACCAAAUGGCUGUCUAUGGUAGCAUUGAUGGUAUAUGUAGCAGCAUUUGCAGUGGGAUUUGGACCAGUGACUUGGCUAGUCCUGAGUGAGAUAUUCCCUUCUUCUAUAAAGGGGCGUGCAAUAGCAUUUGCCACAGUCAUGAACUGGGGAAGCAAUGUGAUCAUUUCUCUCACUUUCCUAGACAUCAUGAACGGGCUCGGUGCUUCCUGGACCUUUAUCAUGUACGGCAUCAUAUGUGCCAUGUCAGUGGCCUUUAUUUUUGCCUUUGUCCCAGAGACUAAGAACAGGAGCCUGGAAAUCAUCUCAGAAGAACUGAGAGACAGAGGUGAAAAUAACUGUACAUUUACUGUAUGCUGCCAAAGUUUGAUGUUCUCCAGUCAACCGGCUGAUGUUGAACUGCAGAAAGUGCCCGUGUUGCAAAGGCAAUAUGGUUCUACAGCAGAGGGUGACAUACCAGAGGAUGAGUGACAGCCAAACAGAUGGAGGUGUCCUUUGAUAUACAAAGACCAGUGCUUGUCUUAUACCCAUGGAGUUAUUUUUCGUUUCCCCCAGAAGGAUAAAAGCAGCAAUUGAAUCUCCAAGAAUAAUGUAAUUUAGAAGGAAAAGGUGAAGAGAUUACAAAUAAACAUGCCAUUUCAGCCAUUAAGGCUCCAGAUAUUUUUAUUCUGGAAAAAAAGCAAUAGUUGAAUCUCUAUGACAGUUUUAGUUGGAAAAAGAUUUCAUUGAAAAUGAAACGCUCCAUAUGAAAAGGAUCAGUUACAGUUUCAGUCAAUGUGAAGACAUCUUGAUGUGAUUAACACUGAGUCUUGUUUAUAAUAUUCAUCAAAUGAAGUUGAUUUUUUUUUUCUUUUUUUUUGUGAAGUUUUGGUUCGCUGGUUAACAUCACUGAUGGUUCAGUCAACAUAGUAGUAGUAUGGGCUGCAUGUGAAUUGUGAUCUACAUUUAGUCAUGAAGACACUGAUGUAUUGCUUGAAUUGUCAAGAGCAUCGUAUGUAAAAUUGAUGCAAUUUUUUUUCACUAUUGAGGUAUUUUAACAUUCAAAUCCUAUUUUUGAAAUUAUUCCUGUAUUAUAAGCUGCAAUCUACUUAAAGAAUGUGAAUGCAAAAAGCUGUAAUCUACAUAAAGAAUGUGAAUGCAAAAAAAAAAAAAAAAAAAAAA